UGUUCGUUUAUGUGGGAAGUUAACAUGGCGGCAAACAUAAGCUAAGUAAUGAGCAUGAUGGCGGAUGAAGGGAAGACUCCUUGUGAGGAGCAAUGAGGACCAGGACCUUUCCUAACGACGUAGGGAUGAACAGGAAAAAGUUCAGCGCUGCCGAAGAUAUAACGUGGCCUUGCAAGUCAUAUACAUCAGGAGAAAAUAUAUUACGCCCUCGCACAGCAUGUGCUCUUCAUUUCUAGAGGGGUUCGUCUUUCUCGCAGUCUCAAAAUAGUAAAUUUUACAAGGUUUUGUUAUUCAGUGCUGCAAAUAAAGUUUUUUAGUAUUUUGCUAUGUUUAGAAACACCUCUUGCGUUUGGCUCUCCUGGUUUAGGCUGGCUUUGUCUAACAGCUUGAUAAUGGCUGAGGCGAAACAGAUUCUCGUGUAAGUAUAAGCAGAAUUAAAUUAUCAAGUAGAGAGCGGUUACCAUUGUCAUUACGACUCCAAAGACGAAUUCCCACAGGCGUCACCUCCACUCAAUAACCAACAGCAGCUCAAAACUGCACCAACUCGCCUCAUUGUCACAACUUGUUUGUACCUCAGGCCCAGCAACAGAACUAGAGGUCAGCCGACACUUACUGCGGUUGCUGUCAUUAGAGAUAAUGUAAAGAGUGAAUGUAAAACAUCCGUAAGGGUCAUAUAGUAGUUUACCAAAGGCUGCCAGGUAGGCUGACUUAUAGAGCGCGCUAUAUGUGUAUACUGAGAUGGUUGUGUAAAUUUUCAUUUGCAUUUGUUAUCAUGACACUCGUCGCACGUCUCUCCCCAAUUAUAGUCAUUACAGUUUCCCGAACCUCUCACAGUCCGGUAUUCUGGGGGCUCCGCUUACGUUUCGAGGAAGUACUCGUCAUUGCUUUGCGUUUUUGACAACAUUUAGUCUCAGUCACCUUGAUGAUCCAACCGGUUUCGGAGCUUUUAGAGCUAUGCAAUUAAAUUCGUUCUUUUCCUAUGCAUAUCGUGCAAAUCAUAAGGGUAACGUCUUUUUAGCUAAAUUUGAAUUAUUUUCGAGAAAUUAGUCUCUAAUAACAUGGUCUGGUUGACUGAGUAGGAGGGCUGGACGAGGGAGCAUUUGGCUGAGGGUCAUGACGUACGGACUGAGCGCUGCGAGGUAUGUGCAUCAUCAUGAUGAACGAGAGCCAAAUAUUUAAUACGACACUAUAGAGCAGCGCAGGCCAACCACAAAAAAGAUUCCACAAGAAAAGAAAACUUUUCCUUUUAUUUUUCCGAGUCAAACCACGAAACUCACUAUUCGUCGAAAAACGUGACUUUUCAGUUUUCUUACGUCUGUUAUCCUUCACGUUUUUCUUCUUUUAGCAACAAAGCCGUACGAGUGCAGGACCAAAGAGCUUUUUCCGGACUAAUUACCGAAGAUAUAUCAAUUAUAACCAGGAUGAGGACAACAGCGAUCACAAGGAAAGUAGAAAUGAAAUCAGGUUAUAAACUGUGAAUAUCUUAACUGCACCCUUUUGGCUGACUGGAGGAUGAGAACGAGGGUAGAGGCUGCAGUCCACGGAUUUCUCAGACAAGCAUCGUCAAGAAAGGCCCCAACUUUGCUCUCCAGCAAUUUCAACGUACCCUUGAGAAAUCUGACAGGAAAGCAGCCGACGUAGGUAGAGGAAAAAAAGACGACUGACACGGUGAUCAAGAAAGCAUAACCUUUCAUACUACAAUUCAUUAUAUAUUGAUUUCAAAAUAUUGCUAAUCCACCCCUCUUAAGCCAAAAUAGAACGAUUGGUUGGUGCACACCGAUUCGACGUUUCAUUCCCACUACAUCGAGGUUGUUACGUCAUCGGCCAUGUGGGCUUUAGCGCCGUUUUGCAAUUAUGAAAUUCUCAUUUUGCUUAACGUAGCGUUUCGGAAAGACUUACUCUUGAAGACGCCCAAAGAUUCUCCUUGUGUUACAGGAUAAGAUAUGUCUUGGCAAGCUUACGUGGACACCAACCUAAUCGGUACAGGAAAAGUUCAGAGAGCAGCCAUAUUUGGCCACGACGGUUCGUGCUGGGCUACCAGCGAGGGAUUCUCGGUAUCUCAGGCGGAAGCACAAGAGAUAAAGAUCCUAAACGAUGGUAGUGUCGCGGGCAAGUUCGUUGCUGGAACGAAAUACAUGAUGCUGCGCAACGACGCGGCAAAUAAAACAGCUUACUUGAAAGAGGAAAACGUAGGAGGCUUUACCACUUGUUUGACCAAACAGUCCUUAGUUAUUGGUGGCUAUGAUGAAAGUGCUGGUGGUGCUGGAAAUUGCAAAACAGUUGUGGAAGGCUUUGCACAAUAUCUAAAAGAGUCAGGAUAUUAAAUGUUUGAAUACCUUAAAACACAAUCUAAGGCGUGGAACACUAAUAGCACUAUUUUGAGAUAGUAUUUCUAUCCCGAACUCCUUAGUCCGGAGAUUUGCACUUUCCUUAAGCGUAUUAGAAUAUAAUCAGUAUUUCUUCUUUCGGUAAGAGGAGGAUUGCCACAGACAAGGAAAAUAAAAAAAAACACAGUAGACUACCCAUGCAAGUAUUAUUGUUUUUUUUUUUGUUUGGCAAUGGCAAUCGAGAGAUAACUGAAAUUCCCCGCGAGGUAGAUCAGGAGUAGACUAUAAUAGCAACGAGACGAAUAUGACGGCUGAAACUUCUAGGCAUUAUUUUCGCUUGUUUCGUUCCGUUUUGCAGUUUCGGGUUUCAGAACUGCCGAGAAUUUCGUGGAAAAUUGAAUAACAGUGGCAUUUUUCUCCAUGUAAUUUUUCUAAAUUGAUGGGGUAGGAUUAUAUAUAUCGUAAACUUUUUUGGUUGUCUACUGGGAAAUGUCAUGUAACGGGGCAAAGCCUAAUCACUAGUGACAAGUACCCACGUACGCACGGACGACGGUCAAAUGCCGGGGGGGGGGGGUAUAUUGAAACUUCAAAUUGUUCGGCGCAUAAUAGGAUUGGUAAUUAGAGUAGUUAUCUCAGCGACCAAUCAGAACAUAGGUGAAAACGCAAAUAGCUUAGUCGCGACUGUUUCUAGUCUUGCAUCUGAUUGGGUAAUUUAGUAUUAUCAACUGGGUUGAUAAAGUAAAUUGGCCACCGUAAUGAUUUUCCAACGUUGGCCCCUCCUUAGAGGCAAUGGAGGAAUUGUGCAUGAGGUGUGUUUGUGUUUAAUCAGUGACUGCAAGGCAACGUUACAGCAACUUAAAUGGCGGAUGAAGGGAAGACUCCUUGGGAAGCAAGACCAGGAUGAUGAAAUUUCCCACAGAUGCAGGGACGGAUAGAAAACUGUUUAAAGCAGCGAGAGCUCUACUGUGGUAAAGUCCACGUACAUCGUAAUUUGUACGUCUUAAUUUGCAAAUGAGGGUUGCAGAGAUCACCAGAGAAUAUUGGACCCGGAAUCUAACAACUCUUUGGACUACCUUAUUCCAACCAAACAUCGGGGUAAAAUAACAAUUACAGCAGUCAACUGUCAAAAAAAAAUUGUCAAAAAAGAGAAAGCUACUUACAAUUCUUUAAGGCGUUAUUCCCGAGUCACGAGAUUUUCCCUUGUAUUUUGGUAAGGAAAACGUUUCUGACAAUAAACAACGGCAGCUGAGAAAGAUUGUUUUCCUUCCUCUCGUGCCCCGUCUCUCGGCGUCUUCUAGCAAUGAUCGACUUACCUAAUAAAGGGGAACGAGGAUUCCCGCCUUAACUCGA